AUGGAGAGGCAUCUCCAAAGUGAGCAGGAUGCUCUGCGAUGUGCUCCCCCUGUGCUGCACUGUGCUCCCCCUGUGCUGCACUGUGCUCCCCCUGUGCUGCACUGUGCUCCCCCUGUGCUGCACUGUGCUCCCCCUGUGCUGCACUGUGCUCCCCCUGUGCUGCACUGUGCUCUCCCUGUGCUGCACUGUGCUCCUCCUGUGCUGCACUGUGCUCCCCCUGUGCUGCACUGUGCUCCCCCUGUGCUGCACUGUGCUCCUCCUGUGCUGCACUGUGCUCCUCCUGUGCUACACUGUGCUCCCCCUGUGCUGCACUGUGCUCCUCCUGUGCUGCACUGUACUCCCCUGUGCUGCACUGUGCUCCCCCUGUGCUGCACUGUGCUUCUCCUGUGCUACACUGUGCUCCUCCUGUGCUGCACUGUGCUCCCCUGUGCUGCACUGUGUUCCCCCUGUGCUGCACUGUGCUCUUCCUGUGCUGCACUGUGCUCCUCCUGUGCUGCACUGUGCUCCCCUGUGCUGCACUGUGCUCCCCCUGUGCUGCACUGUGCUCUUCCUGUGCUGCACUGUGCUCUCCCUGUGCUGCACUGUGCUCCUCCUGUGCUGUACUGUGCUCCCCCUGUGCUGCACUGUGCUCCCCCUGUGCUGCACUGUGCUCCUCCUGUGCUGCACUGUGCUCCUCCUGUGCUACACUGUGCUCCUCCUGUGCUGCACUGUACUCCCCUGUGCUGCACUGUGCUCCCCCUGUGCUGCACUGUGCUUCUCCUGUGCUACACUGUGCUCCUCCUGUGCUGCACUGUGCUCCCCUGUACUGCACUGUGUUCCCCCUGUGCUGCACUGUGCUCUUCCUGUGCUGCACUGUGCUCCUCCUGUGCUGCACUGUGCUCCCCUGUGCUGCACUGUGCUCCCCCUGUGCUGCACUGUGCUCCCCCUGUGCUGCACUGUGCUCCCCCUGUGCUGCACUGUGCUUCUCCUGUGCUGCACUGUGCUCCUCCUGUGCUGCACUGUGCUCCCCUGUGCUGCACUGUGCUCCCCCUGUGCUGCACUGUGCUCUCCCUGUGCUGCACUGUGCUCCCCCUGUGCUGCACUGUGCUCCUCCUGUGCUGCACUGUGCUCUCCCUGUGCUGCACUGUAUUCCCCCUGUACUGCACUGUGCUGCACUGUCUCCCCCUGUGCUGCACUGUGCUCCCCCUGUGCUGCAUUGUGCUCCCCCUGUGCUGCAGUGUGCUCACCCUAUGCUGCAUUGUGCUCCCCCUGUGCUGCACUGUGCUAUUGCAGACUAAGGUGACAGGCAGGGGUCAAGUGGCCAUGGGCUUAAACUCUGGAAAUCAUGAGUUGGAAUAA